AUGGCGACGCCGAGCGAUGGGCUCGGCAUCACGCGCCGGGCGCCGCGGCCGCGCGGCCUCACGAUAGAGAUCCCAUCCAGAAAUCCCUCCAAGAUUCCGACGAUCAAGAGCCCUGCGCGCGCGAGUCUCCAGGGUGGCGUGACGAUCGAGGCCGCGACAGCAGCCAUCGACGACGUGACCUCGAUCGCGCUCGAGCUUCCGCCGGGGCAGUCGCCAAAGAAAGGCCAGGUCAAGAUCAAGUCCAUCGAGAGCCUGCAUGCCUUUCAGAGCCUCGUGCACCUCAACUUGAGUGGGCAUGGCCUCGUGUCGAUGGAGGGGCUCGACGCACUUGUGCAGCUUCGUUCACUGCACCUUGCGCGCAACAGCAUCAAGGCCAUCAAGCUCCCGGCGCUCGAGCACUUGGAAACGUUGGAUCUCUCGGGCAACUUCAUCUCGCAGCUGCCCAAAAGCCUGGGGCAGCUGCCGCGGCUGCAGAUGCUCGACCUCUCGGGCAACACUCUCACCAUUCUCAAGCAGGUCGAUAUCUUGGCGCCCUUGAGCAACCUCCACAAGGUGCUUUUGACGGCCAACCCUAUCGCACAGCUCGAGAGCUAUCGAGACUAUGUCGUCUUCACCGUGCCCGGCCUCACGUCGCUGGACCUCGCGACGAUUACGGACCGGGAGCGCGAGAAGAGCCGAAAGCGCUUUAGUGGGUCGCUCUCGCUCGACGAGCAGCUCGAAGCCGUCGAUAAGAAGCACUACGCCGACCAGUGCGGCAUCGAGGCGCAGCGCGCGACAUUGGAAGCUGAAAACGUCCUUCUCAAGAACGAGUUGCAACUCAAGUCCGCGCUCCUCACCAACAAGUCGAAGGAGUGGUCGGCCGCCACCGAACAGCUCCUUCAGCUCCAGCAAGAACUCGCCAUGGUGCACAUUGAUAAGCGGUCGACCCACGACCCGUUCCGCCUUCUCCACUUGAAGCAGCAACAGCGCAGUGCGACUGCCACGGACGACAAGGCGUCGCCUUCAGACAACAAAGUCCACCAAACGGUGGGUGCAGAAUUCAACCGCGAGUACCUUCUCCAGAAGAUCGAGUCGCUGCAUGCGGCCGAGGCUUCGAUGGCGGAUGAAACCCGUCAAUUGGAGGCGUCGAUGCUCGCUCUCCGCAACGAGAUCGUCGCGGUGGACCAAGAGAUUUCUACGGUCAAGGAGUCCCUCCUCAAGGACCAAGACGUCCAUCGGCUCCACUUGGCCCAGUCGCCGGCGCCACCGCAGAGUCCGAAAUACUACUUUGAUGACGGCAGCGCGCGCGCCGGUGAGCUCCAGACGCAGAUCGAGCUGGCGACGGCCGAGGCGAGCGAGAUUGAGCGCCGGCUCGUCGCCAAAACAAAAGAGAUGCUCCAGGCCGACCUCCAGUACACGCGGCACGCGAUGGUCGACAAGAACUACGUGUUGUUUGACAAGGAGAUCUCGGCGCUCACGCACAAGCUCCAGCGUAUCACGACGCAAAAAGCAGAGUGGGCCGACGAGCUGCAAAAGCUAGAGCGCCUUCCCAAGGCGCCAGUGUUGCGACUCAAGGAGCUCCACGAAGGAUACCGCGUCCAGCCCAGUCCCCGCCACCUGCUCCGCGACUCGUUUCGGCAGUGUCUCCCAGACACAACCGCUGGCCAGCAACACCCACUGAACCGGAUGCUGGUGAGUGAGAAGCUGGCCGUGCUCCAUAGCCUCCAAGAGCGCCGAUUCGAGCUCUGCGACCUCCUCCUCGGCCACGAGACGCAGUGGGAGGUGCUCCAAGAAGAGCGCAAGGCGAUUGUUGCCGAGCUUCACAACGUCCAGCACAACAUUUUGCCCUUUUGCCCCGACUCGAGCUACGACUGCAUUGCAAACGCCUUGUCGCCAGCGCACAAGAACGACGGCCCCGAGAGCGUCGCUCCGACGGACGCCUCGAGCAUGUACGAGCGCCUCAAGCACGACGUCCUUGCCCACGUGAGCCAGCUCCUCUCGCAUCAGCCGGGCUCGCCGCACCACAUCACGCUCGCCAACAACAACAACGCGAGCGAGAACAAGCCGGUGCACAUUGUGUUGGAGACCCAAAGCAACAAUCAAGUGACGAGUCCACACAAAGUCAACGUCACGUUCACGUACCAGUCCAAGUUUCAAUUGGAAGCAGGCACCUCGAUGCCAUCCCCCACCUUUGCGCAGCUCAACAGCAAGAGCCAGCUCGCGCUGGACGAAAAUACAAAGCUCUUGUUGGCGUGCAAGAAGCUCCAAUGGGCCGAGAGACAGCAAGGCGCCGAGUCCGCGACGCGCAUGGACGUCGAUCCGGCGACGCAGCGGCUCCAGAGCCGGCUCGAGGUCACGCUUCUCUCGGCGACGAACCUUCCGUGCACCCGCCGGCUCAGCGCCACGUGCGACCCAUAUGCGCUCUUGCAUCUCGAACACCAAAACCGGGACAGUGGGGCGUGGGAACGCGACCACCCGACCAAGGCCUUUCGCAGCAACACGCGCGCCAACACCCUCUUUCCUGUCUGGGACGAGGACUUUGUGUUUACGCCAAUCGAGUCCAUGUCAACGCGGCUCGUCGUCACGAUCAUGGACGACAAGAAGGCGUCGGACCGCCACGAAGUGCUCGGCGAAACCAAGAUCGAGCUCCGGACGCUCUGGGAGCAGAAGCGGACGACACAGUACUUUCCGAUUGCGCUCAAGACCAAGUCGCGCGAGCCGGCCCACCUCCGGCUCCGCCUGCGCUUUCUCUACAACCGCGUCGAUCGGUUGCGCCGCCUCGUCGACCGCCUCGUCCUCGCCUACAUUGAGCGGCGAAGGCAGCUCCCGACCUUCAUGUGCCGCGUCCAUAACGACCACGAGCGCAACCAGUCGGCACCGCUCUCUCCCCACCAGUCCGCGUACAUUAUACCGGUGUCGUCGCCGACCUCGCCGCCACGGGCCUUUGGACCCACGCGCGGCAAGCCAACGCGGUACGGGUUUCCGUGCACGUCGCCCGUGCCUCCGCUCUCGAACCAAUGGGAGACGUACAAGGAAAUCUUCUCGGCGAGGAAGAAGCUGUCGUAUGUGCCACCGCGGCGCGGCGACGGCCGCUUUGAUAAAGACAGCAUCUACCGCCCUAGCCGGCGACAAUCGUCCGAGCCAGCACCCAUCCGCAAAGCCUCGGCGCCGCCGCACGCCGACUUGCGCAUAUUUAAACAGCCCAUUUCGCGUCCGCGAGAUCCGUCGCGGCGCGCCGAUCGCUUUUUUGGGCUCCCCACGGCCCCGAGUGAGCACUACAAGCGCGUCUAUGUCAAGUUUAACCCGACUUAG